UUAUAUGAACUACACGAUAAAUACCAUUUUCAGUAUUAGGGUAACGAAUUAGUUACGCUGUGUUAUAGUUGGGCACGAUUUCCAAGCAGUUUGCGUUGUAAAAGCAUACGUAGUGCGUUUACAAUCAUUUAAGACUAUUUUAAGCAGUCGAUUUGUGUUAUGAAAAUAGUUUAACUAAAUUUUGACUCCGGCUGUGCCGUGUAGAAGUGUAAAAGUUUUCUUACAUUGAUACACAGGGCUGCUGUAAAUAACUCCAUAACAAAAAUGUGGUAUUUUUUAGGCAUUCCAAUGCGGCACCGCUGCACAUGUGUACACACUGUUCAUGAUUCAUCAGCUGUCGUUAAUUCGAGAAAGUUUAGGUCAAAAACAACAGUAAAGCACAGCGCAGUUUACAACAAAUUUUUGAAAUCUUUGAGAAAAUUAUUUAAAAAACUAUCCAACAUGUCGAUCAAUACGGCACACGCAAAUAAUGGUGUGCUCAUACAUGCAGGAGAGUACAUUCUGUUGCAUAGCGACAGCGUCUCAAUGGAAUUUUCUGGUCAGGAUAAUGACCUAUUCAGAGGCUCUAAGCAAGGACGAGUUUAUUUGACAUCUCAUAGAAUGAUUUUUAACAGCAAGAAACCAAGCGAUGUAAUGCAAUCGUUUAGCGCACCCUUUGUAGCUCUUUCGGAUGUUGAAAUUGAGCAACCCGUUUUUGGAGCCAACUAUAUUAAGGGCAAGGUCCGUGCCCAGCCUAAUGGCAAUUAUGUGGGCGAGGUGAAGUUCAAGCUGUACUUCAAGUCAGGCGGAGCCAUAGAGUAUGGUCAAGCGUUGUUGCGGGCUGCUAAGACCGCUCAAAGCAACUUUCAUCGUGGUGGUCUUGCUGGCGAUGAUCCGCCACCAUAUGCGCCAGCCGGUGCCUGGCAUGAGGCUCCACCACCGGCUUACCAGCCACCACCAGGUUAUUAUGGCUGGUUGCCACAACAUGAUGCCUUCAGUGGACCGGCACCCAACACUGUUUUUAUAAGUGACAAUCCUCCGCCGUAUCCGGGCAUUACACCACCAAACAACCAACCAGUACCACAUCCUCCGCAGCAGCAGGAGCAGCAAACUGAUCCCACUUGGUAUGGUUUUUCAGCACCACCAGAUCAGCAGCCUCAACAACAGCCUGGCUAUGGCCCCCAAGCCCCCCAAGCUGGUUGGGGUGGCGGCUAUGCACAACCGCCGCCGUACGCAGCCUGUAGGCCAGACAUGCCACCACAGGCACCUUAUAGUGGACCGCCACCCGUAGUUCCCUAUGGAGGCUUUAAUCCAAAUAUACCUGGUGGAUUUAUGCAACCAAGCUUUAUCCCGCCUCAGCAACCUGGCGGUUAUCCUGGCGCAGCUCCACCACAGCAACCAAACGGUUACCCAGGCAGUGCUCCUCCGCAGCAGCCUGGAGGAAACACAUCUGCAGGAAUGUCUGCUGCCAACGCAGGAGGAAGUAGUGCUGCGGCUAAUUUCAUGGGCUUCAGCUUGCCACCUGGAAAUUCCAAAGAAGCCGAGGCCGCUGCUAGUGCUUAUAAUACACCCUAUAAUCAAGGCGGAUCCCGCGGACCAGGCCCGAACGAUAUGCCACCAUCAUAUAAUAAUUUGCCACCCAGCUACAGCGAAGCCUCGAAGAAGCAACAAUAAAACAAGCUUGUCAAAAUUUAAAUGAUAUAUUUAACAAAACAGACUAAAACAAAAUGGCUCAUUCCGAUUAGUUAAACACAAAAAAGUAUCGUAGUUCUUAAAUCACACCUUUGAUUGACGUCUGUUUCGGCAUGUAAAAUAAUACACAGCAUUAUUUAAGUAAUGUUUGCAUUGCUGACAAUAAAAUAUUUCUUUGAUUAAAGCAAAACAAAUGCGGCAAUGCGAUAACAAUUAA